AACCAUGAUUAUCGAAUAAUAUAACAAACAAAUAGGAAUAAAAAUAACAAAAUUUCUGCAACAACCGCAAAAUCAAAGAGAGAGUGAAAAUAAUCAACAGAGACGAAAAGAUCGUCUUCUCAAUCGGAACAAGAAAUAUAUUGGCGAUCAUGAGAUUCAAGAAAGGGACUAAGGUGGAAGUGCUAAGCAAAGAUGAGGUGCCUUCUGGCUCCUGGCUAUGUGCAGAGAUUAUUCGUGGUAAGGGCCACCAUUACACUGUUAAGUAUGAGGGAUUUGAAGGUGCUACUGGUGAGGCAAUCGUGGGGAGAGUUUCGAGGAAAUCGGUAAGACCAUGUCCACCUGCAUUUGAACUCGUGGAGAACUGGACUCCAGGUGAAAUUGUAGAAGUGUAUCAGAAUUUUUCUUGGAAGAUGGCUACUGUUUUGAAGGUUUUGGGGAAAAAGUGCAUUUCUGUUAGGCUAGUUGGAUCUUCAUUGGAAUUCCAAGUUAGCAAAUUUGACAUCAGGGUGAGACAGUCCUGGCAAGAUGACAAGUGGUUUGUGGUUGGAAAGGGCUCUGCUAGCUGUGAUAAUGGAAAGCGUUUUAGUGCGCAACUUCAGAAGAUAGAUAUGAAGACAAAACUGUCAGCUUCCGAUUACUAUCAACCUGAAAAGAAAGAACUGAAUAAUCUGGAAUCCCGCCCUGUUUCUUUUAAAACAUUGAAACGAGGACGACACUCACAAGUUGAGGCGUAUGCUGAACCUCUGCCUAAAUUAAGAGCAAUUGAGAAUGAAGGCAGAUGUUACAGAGCAAGAGUUAGAAACCCAUCUACACCACUUAAUUAUGUACAAAAUGUCAGUUUCCCAAGAGACAUGCCAGCUGAAGAAUGUAUACAUGUUUCUGUAAACAACAGGAAAACUGGGAUUGUUGAUAUGGACAUGGAGAGGAGGAAACAAAAUGCUGCUGUGGGUUGUUCAUUUGGACAGAACUUUGAAUUAAACUGUGCUGAUAGUGUUAUAUGCUCUGUUGGUAGCUGUAGUAUCACCAGCGGGAAUUCCUAUAAAUUGCAAUUUCCUGUACCUGCAGGCCCAUUUGAAGAUGAAGACAGUGAAUGCAGCGAUGCUGAAUCUACCUGCAAGAGGGGAUAUCUUGAAAGGACUUAUUCUCCCACACGAAGAGAAUUGGCCACAAAAAUUCAUAGGUUAGAGUUGCAUGCUUAUCGUUGUACAAUUGAGGCAUUGUAUGCAUCAGGACCUUUAAGUUGGGAACAAGAAGCAUUAAUGACAAACCUCCGUCUUUCACUCAACAUAUCAAAUGAUGAACACUUAAUGGAGCUAAGAAACUUGAUUUCUUCUGAAACUAGUAUUCCUUUCAGAUGACAUGAAAUUUUCUUUCCUCAACUUAAUAUACUUUUCUCAGGGAUAGAGUUCUAUUGUAGUUUUUUGCUAGCUUUAUUCAACUGUAAGAAGAAAAAUGAAAUAUGUCUCUCCUUCAUUUAUGUUUUAUGAUUUAGUAAUGUAGAUGCUAAACUCCAUGAAUAAAUGAUCAUUUCUGAUCUUUUUUUAA